UGCAAUUAAGCAGCCCCUUAAUAUUUGAUAAUGGUCUCAACUUGGAAAUAUUAUAAACAAACUUCCUAAAUCACAAUUAAAAUCUGAAACUCCAAAUUUCUGGGGGCUACAAAGGUGCCUAACCUACAAGUUUGACAGUUAGUAGAUGUAAAUAUACAAAAUGAAUUUUUUGACGAAAACUUACAAUUUCAUCCCAAAAUCAAUACAAAUUCGAUGUGUAACAAAUAAGUCAAAACUAGACGAGAUAAUCCGGGUGGAUCAUGCUGGCGAAUUGGGUGCUGAUCGCAUAUACGCCGGACAAAUGGCAAUUUUGGGCAGCACCUCAAAGGGGCCUUUAAUCCAACACAUGUGGGACCAAGAGAAGCACCACAAAGCCACGUUCGAAAAUCUUAUCAAAAAACACCGUGUGCGACCGACUGUCAUGACACCAUUGUGGAACAUUGGUGCCUUCGCCUUAGGAGCUGGUUCAGCACUUCUGGGCGAGAAGGCCGCAAUGGCUUGUACAGUUGCCGUUGAAACUGUUAUUGUUGAACAUUAUAAUGAUCAACUAAGAACUUUACUUGAGGAUCCAGAAGCAAAUAAGGAAUUGUUGGAGACAAUUACAAAGUUUAGAGAUGAGGAACAGGAACAUCAUGAUCAUGGUAUUGAUCAAGGAGCUGAGCAAACUCCCUUUUAUCAGGCUUAUUCUGGUGCCAUAAAACUUAUUUGUAAAGCUGCUAUUAAUAUAUCCAAAGUUGUGUAAUCUGUGAUAGUUUAUAAUAAAUAUUUAUUAACAUAGUAA